AUGAACGUUACGGAGGAGAUGUACAAUUACAUCAGCAAAGAAUGUCCUCUUCUAGAACAGUUUGCUGUAGCUAAGCGAAACUUUGACGACACGGAAAUGGACCUAAGCUUUUUCUUGAAACAUUGGAAAAAUACUUUCAUAAACAACAAGGCUCUGGAAUAUAUGUCCAAUUGUAGAAACCUCCAAGAUCUGUGCAUUUGUUACUCAGAUAAAUCAGCGGUUACCGACGAAGGAAUUCUUGCUCUUUCACGAGGAUGUAUUCAACUGAAGAAGGUCGAUUUUGAGGGAUGUUUAGGAAUCACGGACUAUGGAAUUAUGGAGCUGUCUCGGCAUUGUCAUGGCCUUUGCUUUGUCAAUCUUUGUAACUGUUAUCAUAUUACUGGUUUCGGGUUUUAUUGUUUGGUUAUAAAUUGUCCGAGACUUCAGGAAGUCCAGAUGCACAGCUGUCCAUUUGUAAAAGAGAUUCUUCGAAAUGAUGAUAGCUUUCCAGAAGUUUCUAUUUCCUCUCUGUUUGAAAAUGUGGCAGCAGUUGGUACUAAGUGUGAUUGUAUUGAAAUCUACAACUCAUGGGAAUCAUGGGAUUCGUACAGCGAAUCAAAGUGCUGCCCUAUAGUCAUUCAAGGCCAGAACGAGAUCAAAGUUCUAUACGGGCUAACAGAUGAAAUGAUCAGGCAAUGCAGUCGAAGUAAUCAAUAUGAAGAGACUCAAACUGGAUUUCAAUUAACCGACUUAGAAGACAGGGACUUAUCAAAAGACCCUACAGCAGUCCAUCAUUUGCAAGCUCCAUUCGAUUGCUCUCGGAUACAAAAACUGGAUCUUUCCAAUUGUAGAAGAAUCUGCGAUUCUGAUGUUUUAAGGAUCUGCAAACAUUUUCCAGAAAUUAGAAACCUAAAUCUCGCCCACAACUUCAAGUUAUCAGACACGAGUGUAACAGCUGUAUCCAGACAACUAACACUUCUGAAGGUUUUGGACUUGAAAGGUAUUGAAAACUUGACAAAUGCUUCUUUGAAUUAUCUUCUUGAACGAAGUUUGGAGUUUUUCUCUUUUUCUCCUUAUUCACAAGUCUCAGUCACUGGUUUAAGGAAUUUCCUUGUGUGUAGCAAGAACUUGAAGGAAAUUAAGCUUAAUUUCAAAGUGGAUAUUUCCGCAAAGUUGACGCCAGAUAUAAUCAGAAGUAUGCUUUCCGAGGAAGACUGUGGAUUUUUCAUGACUCUUGGCGAAUUGUCGUCUUACGUUAUCAUUGCAUCUAGAUGUAGUAAAUAUGACUAA